AUGAAGUUCUCAGAAGCAGCUGUGUUCUUGGUGAUUUUGCUUUCAUUUUCAGUAGUAAUAGUAGAAUGCAAGAAGGAAUGGAACGACUUGCCUUCCUCUGAGCAUCUGGGAUUGCCGUUGCUGAGUCCUUACCUGGAUUCAAUCGGAACUAGUUUCCGGCACGGAGCGAAUUUCGCAAUUGGAGGGACAACAAUCCAGAGGCUGAACGAAUCGUGGUUUGAAAAUGGAGUGCCUCCAUUUCCUCUGGACAUUCAAGUGGAACAUUACAAUCAGUUCAAAAACCGAACUGCAUACUUCUACAAUCUAGCAAAGACGGAAUCUGAUAGAAACAGCCUAAACAGGCUGCCUAGACAACAGGACUUCUCCAGGGCUCUUUACACAAUCGACAUAGGUCAAAAUGAUGUAGCUUUCGGUUUCCGCAAGCGCAUGACCAAGAAGGAGCAUCUUGCCACCUUUCCAGGUGUCAUCGAACAAUUCGCAGCACAAAUCCGGAGCAUGUACGAGAAAGGAGCCAGAGUGUUCUGGAUACACAACACGGGUCCAUUCGGGUGCAUGCCGAUUGCAACUGUUAGGGUUCAAAAUCGCGGGCUGUUGGACGAACACGGGUGUUACAAGAGCCAGAGUGACAUAGCUAAGAGGUUCAACGAGGACCUCAAAGGUGCUGUUAUCAGACUCAGGGCAGAACUUAAGGAAGCUGCAAUAACUUAUGUGGACAUGUUCAGGGCAAAGCAUGAACUAAUCAUCAAGGCCAAAGAACUAGGAUUUGAGGAUCCAUUCAAGAUCUGCUGUGGGAUUCAUGGAGUCAACUACGACGUCUGGUGUGGAGGCAAAGGAACCAUAAAUGGAACUGAAGUCCAUGCCGGAUCCUGCAGAAAUCCUUCUAAAUUCAUCAGUUGGGAUGGAGUGCACUACACUGAAGCUGCUAAUCAUUGGAUAGCUAGUCAUUUAGUCAACGGUUCAUUUUCAGACCCACCGGUACCCAUCACACGAGCAUGCCAUAGACACAUAUGA